AUGGAUAUCUACCGGGAUAGUGUCGUCAACCCAUCAGGACAGCCGGGUCCUAAACACAAGCAAGUAGCUAAUGAGGCCACUUCUACUCCUUUAAGGCUGCAUGACGAGACUGCGCGGUUUCUUAAGAAAUUGCACAAGCUAAAAUCCACAGGAAAUACGCUCGCAGACUAUGAAGAACUACGCGACGAAGUCAUGCGCCAGACCGAGCGAGUUUCGACACAUAUUACGAUAUUAGCAGAAGUCAUUCGAAUCGUUGCCAUCGCAAGAGACUGGGAAGAUGAGGGUCUGAAGCAGGCAAGCUCGGAUCACAAGUGGGUUGAAUUCAAAGCCAUCGCGAAGGCUGUAGAGGAUAUAGAGGGUGGCGGGAAGAAGAGGAAAGAGCCUGGUGGAGGUGUUGACCGGAACGAGAAGCAACGCCAGCGAGACUUUGCGACCAUAGCAGCCUUGUGGUCGCCCAAAUUGGUUGGGCACUAUAGAUGGGAGACUGCGAGCCAUACGCACAUGCGAUUGCUCCGUAAAUGCGCUCGAGCCUGCCCUGAUUUUGCCGAGGAUUUUCUGCCUUCCGCGAAUACGGUAUUGGUAGCACGGCAGCGAGCCUCGCUCCAGAACAGCAAAGUGAAGACUAUCAAAGAGACAAGAGCCUGCAAUACAAACACCAGACGGCCGAGCGGGAAACCCAGCCCUGCCAGUCGAUGCUCCCUGACAUUUCAAGAUCUGCAUCACGUGUCCGAUCUAGUUGAGAAAGGUGAGGUGGAGAUGUAUGGAGAGCAGCUCUCGCGGUCAUCCGUGGACCCAAUCGACCUGGACUUGUGGGUCACUAGCGAGGAUAGCGAGAUUCCGAUCGGGGAAGAUGCGACUCUAUGCAGCUUGCGGCCUCAGCACUACAGACAGUACCUGCUGCAACCCGACAACUUCGGCCUGCUGCAGGACAGAAAGGAUGCAGAAGACGUGACGCCGAAGAAGAAGGCAUCAGUGAUUUCGAAGAAGAAGGUAUCAGUGAUUUCGAAGAAAGCAUCCUCUGUCGAUAAGUCAUAUUGGCAAGCCACGAAAAACCUGUCUAGAACAGGUCAGCCUUCGAAAGGCACAGUGAGAUCAUCCACGCGCCGAAAAGCACUUACGCCAGACACUAGAGCCGCGGAUCAAGACCUCGAGGCAGACCCUGUGAUUGAUGCGACCGCUUCGCAUAGCCAUAUCACUCGGCAGUCUUCCAUCAGUACUCUAACCCCACUUACAUCUGCUGAAUCGUCGCCAGAAACAAGUUCCGCGAAAUCCUUGAGAGUCUUGGAUCCAUUCCAGGUGCACCAAGGGGCUUUAAGCAUCGAAGAGAGCCUACACAACAAACAUCACGAAGAGAUCCAGCUCUAUGCAGCGAAGCUGCAAGACGAGUCUGAUCAAAGCGACAUGCAUAGCGUGCGAGCCGCGUGGCUGACCCAGGCCACAAGAUGGGCCAGCAUCUGGACUCCGCCCGAGUGCGGCCUUGGUUUUGGCUUUGCUUUAGUAGAGGAAAUUGCGGAUGUCCAUUACUGUACUUCGGAAUACUUCCUGCAGGCGGGCAGGUAG